CGUCUAAUCAGGAAUAUUCUACAGAAUUUUGCUGAGGAAACUGUCUGUAGAAUUCAGAAAGGCUAAUUCUUUUAAAAAAUGAGGUUAGAAGUCUCAGUUUUAUUUGUAAUUUUCUUGUGGAAUCGUCAAUUCAAGGUUUUGAAGACUGAAAAACUUCCAAGAUUUUAUCCUUUUGGGGAAAAGGAGGGAGAUCAGUCAGUUGAACGAAAUGAUGAUGGUAGUUCAGGAGAGGUGCCGCUAUCCAUUCCUUUCCCUUACUUUGAUCAGAAUCACAAGUCACUCUUUGUAAGUAUAAUUUUGUUAUAUCAUGUUGUCCACAAGGCAUACGUUUUAUACAGUACUGUCAUAACUCCUGCGACAGAUGCAGAACAUUUCUUGGAAAUGAAACUAUAUUUGAACACGGCCGGACACCAUCAGAGCAGCUUGCAGUCUGUCAAAAAGAAAAGAAUUUUGCACCGACUUAGCGCCGAACUAGAUACACUGAAUGUUUAAUAGCAAUUUCACAUUUGAAUGUCCAUAUAAGAUAUAAAGGCUUUCCUAUGGAAUUGAUUCACAAAACCACAACCAUUUCCGCUGUUAUUUCCAAAAGACAACAACUCGAGUUUCGUGUAAAGCUUUCUUAGAAAUCACAUGAUUUUGCGCAAUUCUCUGAUUUGAUUUCCGGCUUCGAUACGGUAUUUUGAAAAGUAUGCCCUUUUUGCAUGACCUUUAGUAAUUAAAAAUAUAUACAAAUGGGGAUUUGUAUAGUCUAACAUAAUACGACAAUUAUUUCUGAAGGCUCGUUUGUUAUAAUUUCAUGUAGCAGAAAGGGCGGUUAAAAAUAGAGAGAUAUCAGAAGGAGCUUUUGACAGUUCAGGAAGAGUGUCCUACACUGCGAGUGCAGAAUGAGAAUAUAUCGACGUCAUGGUAGGAAAAAGAAUAAGAGUACCGCUGAAAGAGAUAAAAGUUAUGUUAGAGACGAAUAGUCCAUAAAUAGGCUGGGUAUCCUAUGUAAAGAUCGAAGGGUAGUUGCUGUUUGUCCGUGUUGUCUAGACGUUUUGCAGUGUUCUGAAGGCGUUUGGUAUUUUUUAUUUGGUCUAGUUGUGACAGGACUAAAAUAUCACCCAAAAUUUAGGUUUUAGAUUCAGAGCUGUUUUCUAGUGAUCAUGGACUAGGAGAAUGCAGUUAGCGUAGGCAAGAGUAUUUAUUACAGCUCUUUUUUCUUUAAGACUUGCAGAAGUCAUGAACGAUACAUUUCUCCAUGCAGGUAAACACCAAUGGCGUUAUUUCCUUCCUGGAUCAAGUUUCUCAAUUUACACCGGAUUCUUUUCCCCUGGGGGAUAAUCGUCGAUUGGUUGCACCAUUUUGGGCUGAUGUUGAUACUACGGUAGCGGGAGAAGUGUUCUACCGAGAAACCACGGAUCAAAGCCUCCUUCAACAGGCGAGCGAAGACGUCCGAGCCAACUUUCUGGAUCAUAGAAAAUUUAAAGCCACUUGGUUAUUUAUUGCCACGUGGCACGAGGUGGCUUUUUAUCGCGCUGAAGGACCUUACAAAAAUAAGGUGUGUGGAAAAUAGUUCUAAAAACAAAAAUGAUAUUUGCUUUAAUUUUUUGAUUGCUUACCUUCUUACUGUUCUUUUUAGAGAAACACUUUCCAGGCGGUUCUUAUUUCAAAUGGAAGACAUUCUUUUGUGAUUUUUAAUUACAACAAACUCGUAUGGACUACUGGCAGGUCAUUGCAAAGUGGUGGAGAUAGCGCAGGAAUUGGAGGCAUACCUGCACAGGUAUACCAACUUUCUGAAGUUAUCUUCUUUGCCAAUAUGUUUUUGGCACUUAAUAGAUUUUUUUGUUUAUACUAAUAGGCAGGAUUUAAUGCUGGUGACGGUUUUCGCUAUUUUAAUAUCCCGGGAUCUCGUACCAGUCAAGUGCUCGAUCUACCUAACAAGUCGAAUGUUGGAGUGUCAGGUCGAUGGAUGUUCCGUAUUGACAACGCUAAAAUCGAAGCCGCAGGCUGUAAUACAAAAGGUAGGUGUGGAGCAGCACUUUACUCGUGUUCUAUUUAGGAGAGGGGUAGGGAAUCAAGGCUAAGCACGUGAAUCAUAGUGCGCAUAUACUAUUACACUGGUUAAAUUGACCAUAGCUAUAAGGAACACUGUACGAUGAAAUAUGGAAAAGACGCAAAGAUGCAUUUGCAACAAAGAAAACAUUGAUAUAACAUCUCUCUUCGUAGUAAGCAUUUCAUAUAUGCAACAAUUUUUUUUACGUUUCUCUUUCGCCAUAAGAGGAGGCGUGGAAAAGGCUUGCAACUUGAAAACAUUAGACUAAAUUACAAUUUUUUUCGUUUUGCUGUCUCGGGAAAAUUUGUUACAUAUAAUACUUUUUGCUUUCCUCCUAUUGAUUCGCUUAAAAUAAAUGCUGCUGGUGGCCGACGCCCGUUGAAGAAAGAAAAUGUACUUGUUCAUAAUUAAAUUUUUAGCAAACCACAUUUCAAGAAUCAGCAGAGGGUGGUGCCCCUCUAAAAAUCAUUUAAUGCUGUCCUAUUCGGUUGCCACCCUGAUCUAUUAUCUUUGAUUUGCUUUUCAGGAUCUCUUGUUGUUUCACCACGGUCGGUUAUGAUGCUAGGUGGUGAUAACAUUUUGCUCUCCGGGCCUUGCUUCCAACCAUCGCAUCUCAUAGUUUGUCAAUUUGCUGAUGGAAAAUUAAGUAACGGAAGUUACAUCGACGAAAAUCGGGCAUCAUGUACUGUACCUAUGCUUAACAUAACUGGCAGGUUGCCAAUCAAGCUGUCCGUCAACGGGGGAGCGAGCUUUGAUUUUCAAGGAAAUUUAACAAUAGGUAUUUUUUUGUGCUUAUAAUAAGGCCCUGAACACUCGAACAAUGAAAAAAGCAAAACGAGUAACGUUUUUAGCAAAAUCAAAAGGAAAAUAGAAAUGAAAAAAUGAAUUAUAAACACACAUGUAAUAAAGACUGCAUUGGAUAAGACCAUCUGACGGCUGACGGUUUUUCUAAAAAAAAUUCAGCUUCGAAUAAUGUUGCUAUGCUUUUAGUCUUUCUUUUCUUCUUUUCUUUUAGUCUUUCUCUUGAAUGAAUGAAUAAAUUAAUGAAUGACUUUAUCAAAGUGAACGGCACUAAUUGGGGACUCAAAGCCACUUUAAUAAAGUACUAGUUGAAGAAGCGGAAAAACGCCCAGAAGCUAUAGCGCUAUGAAUGAAGGUCUUUGUAACAAAUAAACUGAAGUAUCAAAUAUACUCAAUUUUAACUAUGUGAGACACUCUUACAACGAUACCAGUUUUCUUAAACUACUACAACAGCAAAAAAAAAAUACGAGAAUAUCCCCUAAACUUUUAAGGUCUUUAAGCGAAGAACCAUUUUGUCUUACUUUCAGUGAGUAUCAUCAGGGAUGAGCCUCGAGUGUCUCGAGUAGCCUCAGAAUCAUGGGAGGAACAGAAGCCUGUUAAUAUCACCUGGGACCCAGUCUAUCUCGGCAAGAAGAAUCAGACUGUGGAUAUUCAGUUGGUGCGCUUUUCUAUGAAGGAUGAUGAUCACGUGUCUUUUCAUAGCAUGUUCACCUUGAUAACAGAACAGUUGAAUACUGGAGAAGCUCAUUUUGUUGUACCAAAGAAAGAAGGACAGGGGUAGGUAUUGGAACAAUUAACGUAUUUAAUAGCUCCUGAUUCAAGAUAAAACUAUUUUUUCCCCGUUUUACCUGACGUUCAGUAAUUAAGAGGAGGCGCACAUUAAUAGUAAUUAAAUGUUACAGUAGUGCGAGGCUAAGAGUGAUAGAUUUUGGUCAGUCGCUGUUCAACAAUAGGGUCAUUUAUGCGAGGAAAAAUAAGACACGUCUCUGAAAUAAGACGCGAAAUGUACUAUUUAUACAAGCAUGUCUCAGUCUAAGACGAGAACAGCUCGUAUAAAUGGUUCGCGUCUUAUUUCUGUUCUUGACUCGUUUUCAUGUGAAUGUUGCCCGAAGCAACGGCAAUCCUACGUGGCGCGCAUACGUUUUUUUAUUCUAAUUAAUGCAUAUUUUUAGAGCUUCAGGUGAAAAGGAUCGUUUUACUACACUUGUGACAGUAAGAAGAACAGGCAACAACAGUAGCUUUGCUUCGGCCGAGUGGAUCUGGAGCGAUCUUUUUUUCUGGAAAAGUCAGGAGUUUGCUAACGAACGAUGUUUGUACUGGUAUGAGAAGCAACCACACCAUAUAAUAUAUACCGGUAAGUAAUGUUUCAAAAUUAACCCUCCCAUAUAAUAUGUCAAAAUAUGGCCAGUGACUUCUUUAUUGUCUAUUGUCGCAACCCGUGGAAGUCUUCUGAUUGGUUGAGGUGACGUUAUUUUGCGAUAAUGGCGUCUCAAAAUAUUGGCUUAUGACUGGCUCAAAGAAGUUAUGUAAGUCAUGGGAGGCCGCUCGAUACUCAAAUGGUUUGGCAGGCACGGAUCAAAUUAAAUUUACUUUUGUUGAUGAACAUGCGAUGCAUGGUGUUCAGUUUACGUUGCUUUUCAAACUUGAGUUAAAUUAGUGUCCAACUCGGAAACCUUUCCCAUAGUUGAGACAUUAAGCAUUUCCCGUUUAUAUUUUGUUCCUUAGGUAUUUAACGAAUUUAUUGAUCUUAUAUUAAAAUAUUUCAAGUCGUAAUUGCUUGGUAGGUUGGAAAUGUCAAUAAAAGAUUUUGUAAUUAUUACGCGCGCAUGGACCCCCAUUGCAAAGUAAAUCUAUCCAUCCUAGAAAUUUGGUAAUCACGUGACCGUACAUCGCCCGAUCGACUGAGCGACCGUCCGUCUGCACCACAGGCAUAUCAAUGUAAAAUAACUCAAUCAACAGGUAUGGCAACCCAAAUGCAACUCGAUGUUAUUUUGGCGGGAAAUCGUAUAGCCACCCGCGUCUUGUAAAGCGGAGACAACUAAAGAGCAGGAGCCGAUUACUGCUGUAAAGAGUCAAUGAAGACGGAAACGGAAAGCGGAAAUUGUUUCUUUAUCCAUGGUCUCUAAAUUAUUAAGCUUAGAUUAAUUGUCAUGUCCACAAAUUUGGAAUAUUGAGCAAGAGAAAAACAGAGAAAAAGAGAAAGUAGGCGACAGGCCAGCAAAGCUCAACGGGAAAAAAAACAAAGGCGCCAUUUUUUUGUUGGAAGAACAACGUGAAAAUUUCGUAGCGGCGUUGACAAAAUAAGAAAUGCUAGAGGCCACCAAUGCAAGGUGAACAUGAGCGGCAGUGAAAAAAAAGUGGAAGGGAACACGUACGACAUUUCCUCCAAAAAACGUGUAACCAAGAUGUUUCUAGAAGUUUCACGUUGUAGUCGUGAAAAACAACGGCAAAUCUUGAGGCAAAAAAAUGUACAAAACAAAUGUGCUACACGUGCAAAGUUGCUGUUUUUCUAAUUAGACCUAUGGCUGUUUUUUCACCGUUCUCCGGCGUUGCCUUCGUCGCUUUUAUAUUUUGUUUGAACAAACUUUAUAUAGUAUCGAGAGCUUCGCCUUUAGCCCUGGCUAAAUCUAAAUAUUAUCGUGUAAUGCGUAUUGCGUUUUGUAUUGUAUUGUAAUACAUUGAAUUGCAAUUGUUGAAAACAAAACUUCUUUACUUCAUCUAGCUUCGUUGUAGUAAAUAUCCAUCAAUUAUAUACAAAUUGCAAUAGAACUUCAUCAAGGUAUUAGAUGUAAAAGAGUGUGAUGGUUUCCAAAACUGUAUAAACAAGAAAUAAUUAAUAUCUAUAAUUCUUAGAACGGCCGUGGUUUUUCAUUUCUAGCCUACUAAUAUGAUUUUUGAUUGCUCGAAAACUUCAUUGUAACAAGGCUCGUUAAAAUAAGAGACACCGAAUACUAACUUAGAGAUAGCCUAUUGGAAAUAACUGUUUCUCACAAAUAGUUAACCUAGAGUUCACCAACAGCCAGUCCCCGGUUACUCAAAGGCUGUAUAGAGCUAUCCCGCCUGCCGGAUAAAUCACUAUCCAACGGAAAGGUAUUAUGGAAACCAAUUGUGUUAUUCACUGAAUAAAGAUUUAUCCAGCGGAUUUAGUCAUUCCAUCGUUUGAAACACUGGAGAAAGAAGACAAGCAUUAUUAGCAGUACAGUACAUAGACAGCAGUAGCGGUUAUAUACAGUGGACAAGCUGGUGGAGGUUAAGGACCCUCACGAAAUUUCUCCAGCUAAAACUGAAGAGACUUCAUCAGAAAGACCAUCCUAUUUUUGAUCAAAAUAUGAUAUAUAUUAAUAAUAAAUAUGAUGUCAUUCAAAAUACACCUUUGAAAUCAUGUAUCUUCUUCAACUUUUGUUUCAGACGACAUUUCCCUUCUUCAUUGCCCGCACACUAGAGCCCAAGCCCUUGCCGAUCGUGGCCGUUUCACUAUUGAUGAAUACAGUAAUCCGGUGACUGGUGAUCAGCUUUAUUGCGGUGUUUAUUACCAUGGAGCAACGCUUUGCUUUAGAACAACUUCUCCUAGGUAAUUUUAAUGACCAGGGAUUUCUGCUUGUUUGUAAGUCUUAACUAGAUCGAUGCGAGCUAAAAUCGAUUUUCAGUCAUUUUCCCGCUUUCUGUCUGUUUCUUUUAUGAAUAAAAUGUUUUUAAAUGCAGGCCUAUAUUUUUAUUUCGCUUAUGCAGAAAGUUAAAGAACAAGUACAAAUUUUACUAUCUACAACUUCCAGACUGGCGACACAAACCUGCUCGCUUACAUCGUCAUUUAUUUAUAUAUUUAUUCAUUUUCAUAGUAACCAAGGUACAGGUCAACAAUGCUGUUAUAAUGAAAUAGGAGACUUAAUCGUUGGCCCACGCAACGGAGGAUCCCUGGAUCGAGUCCAUGUAGAGGCAGGAGUACCAGCUCUCUCUCAUUUCUUUCACGAUAUUGUUCCCUACUGGGAUUGCUGCAUGCUCUCCGACAACUGUAAAAAGUACUUUGAAAAGAGGCCUUCAAAUGAUGGGGCUAAGUACAUACCACCAAGACCAGGUAUGAAGCCAGCUGAACUUCAUGGACGAUAUAACUACUGAGGGACGGUGUUGAUCGUCCUUUGCAUUGACUCUGUUACCGGAAAUCAAUGACAGUUCCUCAUGAAAGAGGAUUUAGAGUUUUUUCCUAUAUUAAGAUGAUCUAAGAUCCUUUUCCACAAAUUACAGGGCAUCCAAGCCCGGCCAAGCGGUUAGGGUUCCCAGAGCAAAAGGUUACCUCAAUACGUAGGGCUCCUGGUUAUCGUUUGCCUUAGCAAUGUCACUUGUUGUUGGUAGCGACCUUUUGACGGCGUAUCGCCGGUCUUCAUCAGACGGUUUUGUCGAUUAGCUGUGUGGGAUUAAUUUGUGUAUUCCCAGCUAUUAAUAAAGAUCGAAAUGCAGCAAUCACGUGAGGCCAACCAACCAUUACUUAACUGCGCUAAUUAGGUUAAGGUUUGUUUCUUGUGGAAAGUGCAGACCAGUGCACUUAGUUUAUCCAGUUAGUUUACAGGCAUUCCACUCAAUUAAUUCUAAAAAAAAAUACUGUAAAUAGAAACAUAACAGGAUUAAACAUUCCAACCGACCGGAGGCAACCAGCUGCCUGUUUACGAGCGUAGCCAAGGAUUUGAACUAGGGGGCGACAAAGGACAAAUCCAGCAAGUGGCCAGAGCAGGGCACCAACCAAGGGCCCCCGGAUUGCGAGUCCGACGCACUGACCACUUGGCCACGCUGCUGCUAUUUAAUCAAUAGUUGUUGAGGUGUAACCCAUUAAUUUUUGUAUUUUUUUCUUUCUCUAGCCACGUCUUACGGCGACCCUCACAUUGUCACACUUGACCACGUGGAGUACACUUUUAAUGGAUACGGAGAGUAUCAGAUUCUUCAUGUAACGGGUCCUGAAUUUAGUCUCCAGGGAAGAAUGCAGCCACUGAUCACUGAAGACGGAGAAAAGAGUAAUGCUACAGUUUACAAAGCGUUUGCCAUGAAGGAAGACGGAGCAGAUCUUAUUCAGGUGAUGACUAACGCAAAGACUGCGGAACCUAUAGGUCAUUAGAGGACUAAAAACAGCGUCUGUAAUUAUGGCUAAAAAUUAAUUUUUUAGACAUUUCUGAUCUGUCAUGUAACCAAGACUAGUCCCAAACAGCAUUUGAUCUUAAAGGGACUGGUUCACGAUAAUGCGCAUGUGUGAGUUCUGACAGUAGCUGAUUGUUUUUCAACCAAUCGGAAGCGAGUUAGAUGCACGCAAGUAAAUUUACAAAAUUCACAUUAAUUGUUCGCGACGCGAGAGUAUUUCCGGGCAUUUGGUUUGAUUUUAUUUAUCCCCAUAAUUCAAUUUUAUUCUCUGCUACUCCUCAGAUAUAUGUUGCAGCCGAUAAGAAUAAGAUUUACAGCCCUGUCCUGCUUUGAAACAAACAUUUACCAACGUGUAUUUUUACGAGGUCGUACCCAAGCUAACAAAACAGUCACCGAUCGGCAAACAAAAUUUGUAAACAAACAUCUUAUUACUGUUCUCUCAGUUCGCCUUAUAUAAACCCAGAAAUACCUACAAAUAGCGCCGGACCGGUGACAAAAACACACAAAGUAUGAGUGUAAAGAUUAUCCUUAAUUGAGCAUAAAUUUCAAUUGCUUAUCAGCAAAUGAACAAAUUCAUUCGCGUUGCAUAGGGUCAGUGUUCCGCAAAACAAAUGUUAUCGAGUAGCGCACAUAAAGAAACUAGAUUAUGAACAGAAUAUUCAGGCAAUAAUUUAUUUUAAAAACAUCAGUUCUUAAACAUAUACGAUCGUAAAGCAAAGAUACAAGGAACAUUUCAAGUGUACCAGAUCGGUGAAGAUCGCGGGGUGUUACGAAAACUAAGACCCUCGAAAACGAAGACCUAAGACCUAAGACCCGUCUUAGUUUUCGAGAUUACGAAAACUAAGACCCCCUAAAAUCGAAUCCGUCGAAAUAUAAAGUCAAAUUGUAACCGAAAUAGGUCUGAUCUGUCAAAUUAUAUCAUGUUCGAUCCUUUCCACCGAGAAUUUAACGGUAAAUUUAGGGAUCUUAGUUUUCGUAAUUACGAAAACUAAGACCCCCACCAAAACAAUCUCUAACAUUUCUACAAAGUCGAAUUACGACCGUUUGAAGACUAUAAUCCGUAAGACAAACAAAAAUUACUAUCACACGCGUGCUGAUCUACGAUCCGCUAACAAUUUGAAGACUCGCUUAAAAAAGAGGACCAAAGCGAUAGACUUCCUACAGAUCUAUUGUACACUGAAAAUAUGCCUUACCCCUGUUGGCCUUUAAUUUUGUUGUUUAUCCUUUAAAUCAUGAAAUUGGCUUUCCACUGGAGAUGGAUGUUUUUCUUAGUGUCUCUGCGAUCGAGAUUGCGUUACCUGUAACUAUCACCUGAGGGGGUUUGUGUCCACCGCUUGUCGUGGACAAUAUUGAUAAUGUAUGUCUGCAAAUUUGUGAGCAGAAGCGGAUCGUCUAGCACGCGUGUGAUGGUAAUUUUUGUUUGUCUUACGGAUUAUAGUCUUCAAAUGGUCGUAAUUCGACUUUGUAGAAAUGUUAGAGAUUGUUUUGGUGGGGGUCUUAGUUUUCGUAAUUACGAAAACUAAGAGGGGUCUUAGUUUUCGUAAUUACGAAAACUAAGACCCCUAAAUUUACCGUUAAAUUUGACCUAAAACUCGGUGUAAAGGAUCGAACAUGAUAUAAUUUGACAGAUCAGACCUAUUUCGGUUACAAUUUGACUUUAUAUUUCGACGGAUUCGAUUUUAGGGGGUCUUAGUUUUCGUAAUCUCGAAAACUAAGACGGGUCUUAGGUCUUAGGUCUUCGUUUUCGAGGGUCUUAGUUUUCGUAACACCCAAGAUCGCGCGGCCUGUUGCGGUAUAACUACAGGUCGGAGUCAAAAAUCAAAUCAAAGUUGAACGAACUCAUGCCUUUAACCACUUUCCAAGUGUCGUGUAUUCUUUUCGUAUGCCACACACUACUCCUAGAACCAUACCAGAUCGAUAGGCUAAGCUUCUCUCUCUCCAGAGACUCUUGAGAACGUCCUGUUGCCGGACGGCCACGAUGCUCUUCUCAACCUCCAUGAUCAAAACAUUAUUUUUUGCGUCUUCUUAAAACGUAACCAGUCAAACGACACAACCACACGUUAAUCACCACUACCGAAGUAUAACUAGACCAGCCAAAGGGACGGAUGUCCGAAUAAAACGAAGGAUUUUCAAUGAUUGUACCGGUAAUGGCGAUUUCGAAUUUAGUGUUGACCCAACAAAUUUAUUCUGAAGAGACAAACGGCGCGCAUGCGCAUUAUCGUGAACUAGUCCCUUUAAGAUAGUAAGAGGUUAUUUGACAAGCGAAUUCUGUCCAAACCAGAAAAUUUAAACCGUCCAUCUCUUAACAGGUCCACAUUAACGGUCGCAAUGAAAUGGAGAUUUUGGUUAAUAGCGUCGUCACUGAGUAUGCCGAGCAGUUUAUGAUGGAUUUUAACGGCGUCGUUAUCUUAAAAUGUGAAAACACCUCUAAAUACUCCGUCAUGUUUAACUCUGGAAUAUCAGUUACAGUCGAGAGAGCUGCAGCAGAUAUAUUGCAAAUCAUGAUGUUGGUGCCUCCGAUAUUUAAAGGUGCGGUGAAUACUAGAGAUGUCUAGUCUCACUUUGAUUUAAUUAUAAUAAUCUGUCAUUACUGUGUUAUCAUUCUUUAUCAAAAGAUUUCUCCGUUUCUGAUUGGCCUAAGUUCUCUGGCUAAUUUCUCAUAACUACCUAGCGUUGACUACAUUUUUAAGACUUUCUAUUAGCGCCGGCCAUGAUCGAAACUGAAGCAAGAACACAGGCAAAAGUGCCCCUCGAAGGAUGAUUUUAAACAUUUUCUGCAAAAAAUUCAUACUUUCAUAUCCUGAAAACGCUAAACUACAAGAAAGUGCCAUUUGUUGCUCGUUCAACACUCUCUAAGCUCGUAACAUCUAAGGCCGAAUCCAACGCAUAUAGAGCUCAGUGAGUUCUAUAUGCGUUGGAUUCGGCCUUCGAAUAACACAUGUAUGAAGAACUAUGGAACGGAUCCCCUCCUCCAUUUCAUGUGCCCUGUCCAAUAUCUGUAUUUAGUACUUCUCGUCUAUAAGUGUAGUUUGCACUGGCUCAGGUCCUGUCAAAAAUUAUGCUUCCUCUGAAAUCAGUCAAAUAAAUUACAUAGGCUCAUACAAACGCAACCACGUCCCCAGAUUCUUCUAGUUUUAUACAACUGUGGUCAGCUAGUUUAUCCGGCGAGACGCCGGGUGGCUGAAUGCUGUCGAGCGGAAGAAGUUGUGGCAAAAUGACUGUAAAAUCUGACAUGAUCUACAAUUUUUGCUAUCUUCACUUUUCAGUAUAUAUAUUUUUACGUUUCUAAAACGCUCUAUAGGAAACACAAGUGGUCUCAUGGGAUUCUGGGAUGGAAAUAAGGACCGAGAAUUCUUGCUUCCUGAUGGGGUCUUCCUAAACAUCAAUCCAAGUGAAUCCAGAAGACUUCACUAUGAGUUUGGGCAACAGUGUAAGCACUUUAAUCCACAGAGAUAACGCUGAAAAAUUUGACUCAGGUCAAGCUUGUCUGUCUUACGAGACGGAAAGCACUUUGUUUUUGCAAAAUAGUCUAUCAACCAGCCAACAACGAGUCAGAUUUAUUUGCACGACCACACAAGUACACACAGUGUUGCAAAAGUUAUCUUAAGAAGAAUAUAUUUUCCCCUACGCUCCUCAACAAAAGACGCAUUUACAAAUACCCUGCUUUAGAGACUUGAAGUUUAUUGAAGAGUAAACGAACCUUGUUUCGAUCUGUAGAAAAUCCCUAAAGAUUAUAAUCCUUUUAGGAAAUUUUGAAUUAAAAAAUGAAAUUAAAAAUGAGGGAUUAUCGCCAUAUUUUCUCAUUCCCUCGAUGGCUACCCUUUAAAAAAUCAUUUUGAAUUCCGCAAAAUAGAUAAAAAUUAAGGAUGGUAAUGAAUGUUUUUUCAGGCAAUCACAGAAAUGAACAAAUAGGUAGUGAACUUAAUUGCAGUAUAGGUGAAAGCCUGGAUUAGAUAUGCAAGUUAUCAAAGAGACCUAUUAAUGAUGAAAUUUUAAUUCUCUUCAAAAGAAUUUAUACUCACAAUGAGUUUUUUUCUAUUUUAGGGGUUACAACCGACAAUAUUUCUUUAUUUACUUACGAAGAAGGAAAAAGUCAUGCAUUUUAUUUCAAUGCUAACUACGUACCGACAUUUUUGGAUGAAGAGGAGUUUAGCUUUGAUGAUUCUGCCUUGGGUCAGCAAGCACGUGACAUGUGUGGUGAUAACAGGCAGUGCAUGUUUGAUAUACACACUACUAGAAGGGUCAACAUUGGAAUGGCAUCUAAACAGGCCGUGGAAUCGUUUAUUGAAGUAAAUAUUGCAACACAAACUCAGGGUAGGUAACACAGUAAAGACCCUAGAAAUCGAUAAGAUUGGGAUGGAAUGUUAUAGAAAUCACGUGACAAUCUUGUCAGUCUGACAGAUUUUAAAACAAUGUUGCAACGUAAACAGAAUCUGAAAAAAGCAGUUAAUUGAUAAAAAAUCUUGAAAAAAGCAGUUAAUUAAUAAUCUUUAGACUAAACGCAACGGACUUUCGUAAACACUGCUUCAACACUGCUCAACCGUUAUGAUGAGUAAUGUUGCAUCUUGUUGCUGAAAAGCAGAAAACAAUUCUUACAGGAUAUGCUAUGUUUCUUUAUCCGGGUUUAUCAAAUCCCUGUGGUUUAUGUGAAAAAAGCGUUUUUACUGAAUUUAGCUUUCAUCGGUUAAUUAUACUGAAGAUGUCGGUUUGAUCAUUUUGAUUAUGUUUUUCAGGUUAUGAAGCGCGAUAUCGUUUAAAAGUGACGACGUGUUUAAUAGCAGCAUCGAUCAUUCUGGUCAUUUUCUUCCUAGUUGGGAGUAGGCGCGGAAUACCCCUCACAAUUAAUGAGAAGUCGCCUUCACAAGUAGGAAAAAGUACCACGGAUAACUUGACUGUUGCAUCACCCGAAGAUGUUGAAGAAGAUUCUUCUCCACAAGAACUUGUAAACGCGGAAAAAUAGACAACCCAAAGACCCUUAUUAUUUUUUCAGACCUUUUGUUAUCGCACAUGCACAGUACAUCAUGGGAACUUCAACAAAAAGAGCUUUAUUUUCGAGGAAUGCGCGGUUACACUAAGUCUUACUUAGUGUAACCGUCAUGCUUAUCGUCAUGCUUAUCUUUGUUUCUAGCUGUCUUUAUAGAUUUGGCUUCAGUUUUAGCUGUGCAGAGGCAGUUUGGUUGCGUUUUUGUAAAUAAAGGGC